GCCGGCCACAUUGACGAAACAGUAUGAGCCUGACUGUGAGACGAUUUGCCGCAUUAUGGGAGACGAUAACAACGGUGAGUCGGACUACCUCUUCAAAGGGUAAGCACCGGCUUGCACGCAACUCUCUCCGAUUAUCGCCAACGUCGUUAUCAAACGAGAGGCUCCGAUUUUCUUUCUGCUUGCUUUUGGUUGUUGCAUUUCCGGUUGAGGUGGCUUCUGCAAAGCGUUCUUCUAGAAAAGUGGUUGUACCCAGGACCGUAUCAGACUGCUAAGGUGGGUACUGUACUAUUCCAGCAGCCAGAUACUGUGUUGAAAUGUAUUCUAUUUUGCGACUCGAGUGCGAACAUCUCGCGAUGGAAGGCACAUUUUCAAUGUUCAGAAAAUCGAUCUGAACGGGCACAUGUCCGUCUGGUCUCUGAGCCAAUUUCCUAAACACAAUCUUCC